AUCAGGGUGAGCAGGCAGAAAGGGCUUGGUCGGGGUGUCACUAGUGUAUUUGUGCGGCUCUGGACAGCAGAUAACCGGGCUGACGACGCUGCCGCUGCUGCUGAAGCCUCGUAGAUGAGCCUCCUCCCCGGCUAUGCUGCCCUGAGAGCGCCGCGAGUAUCCGCCCCGCCAACAUGUCUGAUGUCAACAAGACUAUUCAGAAAUGGCACGCCAGUUUUAAGAAAGGCACAGACUUUGACUCGUGGGGACAAUUAGUGGAGGCUAUAGAUGAGUACCAAAUUUUGGCGAGACAGCUGCAAAAAGAAGUCCAGUCAACAAACUCAUCAGAUUUCACAGAGGAGCAGAAGAAAACUUUAGGAAAGAUUGCAACAUGCCUGGAGAUGAGGAGUGCCAGUUUGCAGUGCACGCAGUCAAAGGAGGACUUCAAGUUAGAAGAGCUGAAGAAACUGGAAACCAUAAUUCAGAAUAUUCUGACCUACAACAAAGAAUUUCCCUUCGACGUGCAGCCGGUGCCGUUAAGGAAAAUCCUGGCUCCGGGUGAAGAGGAGAACCUGGAGCUGGAGGAGGAGGAGGAUGCUGCGGCAGGAGCAGGAUCCAUAGAGGCGUUUCCCCCGAGAGCACCCGCUUCGCAAGGUACCCUGUUGCCACGGUUACCCUCAGAGCCUGGGAUGACACUGCUCACACUAAAGAUUGAGAAAAUUGGGUUGAAGGACGCCGGGCAGUGCAUCGAUCCGUACAUGACCAUCAGCGUCAAAGAUUUGAACGGUGUUGAUGUGAACCCAGUGCAGGACACACCUGUGGCCUCCAGGAAGGAGGACACCUACAUUCACUUCAGUGUGGACGUGGAGAUCCAGAGACAUGUGGAGAAAUUACCAAAAGGAGCAGCUAUCUUCUUUGAAUUCAAGCACUACAAACCCAAAAAGAGGUUUACCAGCACUAAAUGUUUUGCUUUCAUGGAAAUGGACGAGAUCAAACCCGGCCCCAUCGUGAUUGAACUGUACAAGAAGCCCACAGACUUCAAGAGGAAGAAACUCCAGCUCCUAACAAAAAAACAACUCUAUCUCCAUCUUCAUCAGACAUUACACAAGGACAGCUAAGUCGCAGCACGCCUCGAACUUUGAACCACCUUUUUUUUUUUUUAAAUCUCUCAACACCCACAUCCAGCAGAGCGCGGCGUUUCCACCUCAUCACAUCCAGCAAUACUAAAUCAAGGUUGUCCCAUUUUUUAACCACGAGUAUAUGAAGAAAGUAAAGGGAGUCAUAUUCACUCACUUUUGUACUCUUUGAUUUUGUUAUCAACUGCAUAUCUCCUCUCCAAAAACCCUAAAAGGAAGUUGUUUGUAUUUGACUGGCUGCAGACACAAGGCUUUCAGUUACUCCUCCUCACCUCCAGUCUUCCUCAGCUUCCUUUCUGGUAAACGAGGACACACCAUGAGUUAUUGAAGGUGCUUCAUUUUAGUUUUAUGACGACUGAAGUCAUGGAAGAGUUUGCAAAGUCUUUCCUUGAAUAAAUUAACACAACGUGGAAACAGUAACGGUGUCUGCAGCCAAUAAAAGUUCCUAAAUUCUGUCAUAGUCCCGAACGGUUUGCGUGUGCCAUUAUUACAGACUUUUACAGUGUUUAAUUCCUAGUGGUUAAAAUAGAUGACUUUGAAAAAUAUUACAAACUGGUUGAUUAAAAUUGGAUUAUUAAAAAAAAAAGAAGCUUAAAUUCCCAAAUUAAUGUUAUUUGUUGUAAAUGGCCACUUUUCAAUCAGCUUUUAAUCAUAAUAAUGUUGGUAGUGUAAACGGAGGCCUCACAGCUUUACCACUGAAUUUUCAAGAACUUUUCUUAAGCUUUGUUGUACUAUUUGACAGUAUUUACAAGACUUUACUUAAAUAGUUUAACAUUGGUAGCCCUAUAUAGUGAUACAUUAGUCUUACACGAGGAUCAUACAGACAGGCACAUCAAAUUCAUACUAUUGUUUUCUCCACAACUAUCUGUUGCAAGAGAAUUGUGUAAAUUCAUGAAAGGGAGCAAAAACAUGCUGCCAGAGCCUAAAAUUUGACUUAUAAUGAGUUAACUAGUAUUUUGUUUUUCUAAUUUAAAAAAAAUUAACAAUCAUUUCAAGAAAUAUAUAUCUAAGUUUUCUCAAUUUGUUCAAAUACCAUUUUUCAAGGAAGAAGUUUUUAAAAAAAAAUCAAUAUAAGAUAUAAAUUUGGAUUUUGAAGAUAUUCCAGUACAAGUGCCAAAUAUAAGUACUCCAAGCACUUCGAGUUACCUCGUACGAACAUUAAUAAACACACACCUGGUUAAACUGCUAGCACUUGCUAACUCUUGCCAACAUCUCUGUGGUGAACUCAACCCGAAAAAACAGUCAAAUUAAGCAGCGCUGAUCAAACACAAACCAAGUUUCUGUUACUGCGUUACGUAUUUCUCGCUUAUGUUUUCAGAAACAUCUUUUAGCUUACCUUUUUAGCUGAGAUCGUUCGUAACCGAGCCGACCGCCAUGUUGUUUCCCUGCGGCCAAGCUGCUUUACGUCACCCUCCAGGAAGGUGCAGCGCUAAGCAUUCUGGUAGUUGAAGUUUUUCUACCUCUUGAGCAAACAGGAAUAUCACAGCCCUUUCAUUCUGUUUUCUGUGAUCCAAUAGCAAUAAUUUCAAAAGUAUUUGUGUCUUUUUACUGCGGAGACAGCCCCGUUUAAUUAAAAAUCUCUCCAGCAGGGAAAUGUCUGAAAAAACUUUAAAUUAUUAUUUAAUUGCAAAUUUGGAUCACAAAAUUUAUAGUAGAUUUAUACACAUCAUAUAGAGAUCCAUCUCACAAUUUGUUGUCUGCUUUAACAUUAACUGAGGCUCCCAAACAUUUCCAUGGUAAAAAUUUCAAAACUUCUCCAUGACUUUUCAAGGAACCAUGAUAAAAUAUUAAAACCACAACAUGUAACAUGAACAGAAUUGUAUGGUAGACGUUGCUACAAAUGUUAAUUGUUUGAAUGAAAUCUAAACCACAACCUUUUCCAGUCUCUUAAUAGUUGGUUAUGUUUGUUACAUUUUGUUACUCCCCAAGGAAAAGUACUGUAACAAUUACACAAUAAAAUUCCAUGACUUUUCCAAAGUUUAUGAAAAAUUCCAUGACCAUUCCAGGUUUUCCAUGAAUGUGGGAGCACAGAUAUUACAGUUUUAAUUUAAUGUUUCUUUAACAUUGACUGACCUUCACACAUUUGACUUACCGUCAGUAUAAAAGUAUUGAUUAGUGCAGCCUUAAUUGAAAGCAGCAAGCCCUCUGAUUGUGUCAUUAUGUGUUUAUCCAAUCAGAGCUCUCUCUGCCGCUCUGUGGGUUGGUCGUCUUUCAGCUCUAACCUGGCACACUGCGCACAAAUCUUUAAAUUAACGAGUAAUUUUCACAUAAAAUUUUAAAAUUUAAUAUUGAACACUAAAAAGGUCCAAAAUGGUCCUGAUGGCACACUCGGACUCUGUUGGUUUUUCAUUUAAUUGCAGGCAGUAUUGAAUUCAGCAGUGGCAUUCAUAAUGAAAAGUAAUUAUAGGUGAAACAUACAUUUUGUCAAUUUUUGAUGCACUGAAAUGCUUUGACCAUUUUAAAGAGAUAUUUUUUAAAAGUUGUGUUGGCUUUGACUGAAUAUAUCACAGGCAUAAUUUCUAUACUUCAGCCCAGAAUUAAUGAGAUUUUGACUCAGUAGCAAUUUAGAGUCCCAGUUUCAGUUUAUUGUUCCUGCCUCAGUAUGUUUUGGAUUUAGCAAGUUUAAAUAAGGUUUCAGAAAAGGUUUAAGAGUAACUUGGAUGCAGCACGGUUUGCAUGACUCUGUAUUCAGUGUUGAAGCCCAGAUUUUUAAUGUUUUUUUUUUUUUUUUAAAAAAGCGAGCAGAAAUGCAGUGUUAGUUUUAUCACCUGUAAGGAAGUGUUUUUUUUUUUUUUUUUUUUAAAUUUGGUGUUACUUUGCACUUUGAUGUUAUGUAAACAGUUAUGAGGACAGGAAAUGUGCUCUGUCACUGACUUUUUAAGAAUCGCCUUUCUCUUAAACCCACUACUUUUAUUUUGAAAUUUCACAUCACCUGUUUAUAAAGGUUUUUUUUUUUUUUUAAUAAAGUUGUAUGUAACUUUUGUGUUUCCAUUCUGACUUUGCAGAUGUUCGUCUUCACUAAAACAUUGACAUUUUAAUGUUUGAUUUCAGAUUUUAUUUUUGUAACGUCACAAUAUUCAGGACUGUAAAUUAACUGUAAGAUACACUAACUGCUGAAUAUACAGUUAACUGUGUGUAUGUAUGAAGCGCUAUGAUGUGGUAGGACUCUGGAGUGUUUUAGUUUUGUUGACAGACUGAAGGGGGAUUGUAUCAAACAUUUACAAUGCUUUUCAUUUCUAAUAAACUACAAAUGGAGCA